AUCGACGUGGAGACGAUCGCGAGCUCGUACGCCCCCCCCGCGGCGAUCGCGCGCUUACUCUUCAUCGCGGAGAAGACCACAUCGGACGCGACGCGGCUCGAGUCGCUCAAGCUCGCGAUUAAUCUCCUCAAGACGAAGACGUCCGACACCGCGACGUACGCGCGCGUCGUCGAGCGCGUUGACGGCCGCCUCGGCGACGACUACGCGCUGGACAAGGGUUGGAUCGAGGAGACGGACAAGGCGUCGGCGAAUCGCCAGGCGGUCCUCGAGCGAGAGCUCAGCGCGUACAAGACGAACUCGAUCAAGGAGAGCGUGCGCAUGGGCCACAACGAUCUGGGCGACUUUCAUCACUCGAGGGGCGCGCUCGCGGCGGCGUUCAAGUGCUACGUCCGCGCGAGAGAUUACUGCACCACCCCGCGGCACGUCGUCGGGAUGUGCCUGAACGUCGUGCGCGUGUCGAUCGAGAGCGAAAACUUCGCGCACGUGGGCAACUACGUCCAGAAGGCGCUGGCGACGGCGCCGGACGUGGGGAAGGAGGAGCCGACGGUCUUCGCGAAGCUUCAGGUGGCGUCCGCGCUCGCGUAUCUGGAUCAGAAGAAGUACAAAGACGCGGCGACGAAGUUCACCGAGCUCGGGAUGGAGCUCGAGGAGGAGUACAACGAGGUGGUCACCGCCGGGGACGUCGCGACGUACGGCGCGCUGUGCGCGUUGGCGAGCUUCGAUCGAAAAGAGCUCAAAGAAAAAGUGAUGGACUCGGUGACGUUCCGCGCGAUGAUGGAGAGCGCGCCGGCGAUGCGCGAUCUCGUGAACGACUUCCACGGGAGCAAGUACAAGAAGCUGUUCGACGGCAUAGACGACGCGAAACCGGUGUUGGAGCUCGACCUGCACCUCCACGACCACGUGGAGUCUCUCUACGCGGCUAUACGAAAAAGAGCGCUCGUGCAAUACUGCAUCCCGUAUUCCGUCGUGGACUUGAACCGCAUGGGCGAGGCGUUCCGGACGCGCGCGUCGCCCGAGCUCGAGCGCGAGCUCGCGGGGUUGAUCGCCGAGCGCGAGAUCGCCGCGCGGAUCGACGCGCAGGCUGGGACGAUGGAGAAGCGCGCGAGCGCGAGUCGAGAGAGCGCGUUUAAAGCCGCGCUCGGCGCGGGGAAGGAGUACCGCCGCUCCACCGCGGCGAUGCUCGUGAGGGCGUCGAUCGUGAAGCAC